UGGUGUUGGGUGUCGUCUGCGCGUAAACGGCAGAAAAUGAAAAGUGCGCGAUUUUGUGAUAACUGAAGAAAAGUGAUUGCAUGGCGAAAUUUAGUGACAAAAAAAAAAUUCAAUAUAAAUGUUUUCAUAUAUACAUUGUGUUUGAAAUGGUGACGCGACUGAUAAUGCCAGACGAAUGUGAAUGCAAUGCGAAAAUUAUCGCAAGCAAAGUGAACAAAAAUGAAGUAAAGCGCAGUGAAGACGUUACGCAGUGAAAAUGUCCGGUGCACUUCCGGUGAUAAAUAUUGAAUGACAUAAAUUCCAUGAGUGAAUAAUGUGAAAAGUACGUACUCGUACGUAAAGCACACAAACGCAAAAGCAAUGAAAAUAAAGUGAUAAUGGGACAACAAUUAACGUAUCCUGCGAAAUAACUCAGGAACAGAGUUUCUAACAAAACAAAAAGUAAAAAAAAUACCAAAAAAGACGUAGUCCACAAAAGGCGGCACACAAAUUGUUCAUACCAAAAAAAAAAACUCACAAAGCAACAACAACACACACAAAUGCAUUACCGGCACUUUUGCAUUAUCUCCCUCUUCCUAGUCGUGUUGCUAUCACUUCACCUGGCAGCACGCGCUACCGACAUUGCCGGUGAUAGUGACAGCAAAGAGGACGAUGAUGAUGAACAUACUGUAGCGCUAACUUUGCCAAUGCCAAUAUUGUCAAGCAGCGAACUUAGUCAUUUGCAGCGACGCAAUGUAGACGCAGUUAGCAUAGGCUCGCUCGAGGCAAGGAUGCAGCAACAAUUGGUCAAAGAAAAACAACGGCGUAAAAGCCAGCAACAGCGACAACGUUUUCGACGACAACAACAACAGCAACAGCAGCAGGAGCAACAACACCGCCGGCAACAGCGUCGUCAAAGGCAAAAUAAAAAAUCACGCAACUCCUCAGCGCUUAGUGCGUCCACUUAUGUGGCUGCCAGAGCCGGUGAUGGCGGUGGUGUUGCCACGGACGAGGAUGUUGCUUUGGAGUUGGAAAGUGCUGACUAUAGUAAUGUUGAUGGCGAUUCGAUGUUAGCUGCUGUUGCUGUCGCCGCCGCCGCCGCCGCCACCGCCGCCCCCGCUGACACCGACAAUGCAGCUGAAGAAUCGGACGACGGCUCCUCAUCAGCGAUAUCGUUGGAUGACAGCAACGACGAUAAGGUGCCCUUCGACAUUUACACUUGUUGCAGUGAAGUAUUUGGCUCAUGUCGUACAUCAUGCGAAAAUCUUUCCUUAGUGCAGCUGGCCACUACCGAUAACGCAAAUGGACGUGGGCUACGUUUGGAGUUAAAAAAAUAUUGUGCCCCAAUGCAAAUCAGUUUUUGGAGUUGCAUGAAUCGCACAUUGGAAGCCGUUGCACGUGGCGCUCAGUGGUCGGGUAGACGUUGCUGUGCUUUGGGCUUGUCGCCGCGUUGCCGCAAUGCCUGCGCCACAUCAGAAUCGACUGCGCAACCACAACUAAUCAACGCGUGCCGUCAAAGUGAUGAGCAACAUAUGUUUGCUUGUUUUGAACAUCAGGAGGCUGGCGAUCGUUGUUGUAGUACGGCGCGCACUUCGGAAUGCCUGCAGGCCUGCCGCGAUGUCUUUGAACCGCAUGCCACACACAAACGCAACGGCCACCACCGACUGCGCGAGAUGUGCCACGAGGAACGCGAGGCCGAGCUGCUGCAAUGCGUACACAACAUAACGGGCAUGACACCGGUGACAAACUCCCACAAAUAUCUGCCCUGCUGUGAGUUCUCCAGCGUAGACAGCUGUCGGCGCACCUGUCGCUCGGUGUUGAAUAGCACCGAAAGCAUAGACAUAAUUAUUGGCGAGCUAGAGGUGGGCGGCUGUGGCAUGCCGCUGCCACAUUUACCGCUUUGGCAGUGCUUCUUGACCGCAGAGCGUAAAAUCUUCGUGCCAGCCACUAAAAGCACCAACGAGCUAUCGCAGAUCAAUCAGAUCGGCAUCGAUUCGGCUAAGCUGCAUUGCUGCGAGAAAGCGGUGUCCACAAAGUGUCGGCGUCUCUGCGUGCAGACUUACUCUAACGAUUGGACAGCGACGCGCGCGCUUUUUGAAACUUCCUGCCUGCUGGAGCGCAACGAAUUAGAGUUGCGACAGUGUGUCGACGAAGUAGACGAACCAUGUGAGUUGGGCUGUGAUGGGCUGAGCUUCUGCACUAACUUCAAUAAUCGUCCGACGGAGCUAUUUCGCAGCUGUAAUGCCGUCGCGGAUGUAGCAGCGCGUUCCGAUCUGCAAAUGUGGCAACAGAAUGGCUCCGUUAGCUUGGAUGGCUUCGAGCUGCCCAUCAAGAAUAUGACACGCUGCGCGCCCGAGCAGUGGAAGGCUAUCGCUUGCGCGCUACAAAUUAAACCAUGCACGCGCAAUCGCCACUACAACCACAUUUGUCGCGAGGACUGCUAUGAGAUACUGAGCGAGUGCAUGGAUUGGACGCGCAUGAACUCGGCGCUUAAUGCGGAAUCAGUAUGCGCGCGUCUCCAUCCCGAUGGCGAUGAUGUGCCUUGCGUAUCGUUGCGACCAUAUCGCGAAGAGAGUGAUGCACCUAAGGAAACUGGCGGGCACCAUGGACUGACAGCGCCCUGCAAGGGUCAUCCAUGCAACGGCAGUGAAGCGUGCAUAGCGCGCCGGAAUGAAAGCAACGCCUAUGAAUGUGUGCCCGGCUGUAGUCUCGGUGAGGCGUCAAACUAUUUGGUGCCCUUUGGCGCUUAUGUGCGCAUACCAGUGCUGCAGGGCGUGAAGAUGGGCGGUAUUGGGGGCGAAGGUCCGGUGGGCGCUUUCAAGGUGUGUCGCUGUGGCGCGCAGGGACGCAUCGAGCACUGCCAACCGCUGCCGAGCUUCUCUUACGCGAACUGCGUGCUGCCGGGUGGGCGCAGUUUUCGGCAUGGUACCUCUUUCUAUCUGGAGUGCAACUUGUGUAGCUGCUUUGCGGGCGAGAUUACAUGCACCAAGAAGCAGUGUCGACUGGCAGGCUACAAUGAUCCCUCGUACACCAGCCUGCCCUGCAACUGCCCGACCCACUUUGUGCCCGUCUGUGGCAGCAAUGGCAACACCUACCACUCGGCUUGCCUCGCUAAAUGUCUCGGCCUGCAGGACAGUGAAAUGCAGUAUGGAGCGUGCGCUACAUUGAGUCCGUGUCGUGAGGGCGCCUACAGCUGUCCAGCGGGUCAUCAGUGCCUAGCACAACGCAAAAUAUGCUUGUCAUCGAUGCAUCGACCGUGUCUGCAGUACCAGUGUGUCAAUCUCACCAGCGGCUGUUCGUCCAUUGAAUCCCGCCCCGUCUGCGAUACGCAGCGACACACGCACGCUAGCGCUUGUGACCUGCUGGAAGCGCGCGCAUCUUUCGCUCACUGGGGCUCCUGCUUCAGCAGCUGCACCUGGCAAGGCCCUGUAUGCGGCAUCAAUGGCGUCACAUACGCGCACGAGUGUGCCGCCUGGGCGGAUUACAUCAUUGUAGACUAUCAUGGUCGCUGUCGCGAAGUAGGCCUCCUUGCAGCAGAUAUGGGCCGGCGCUGUCGCACUGUGAAAUGCCCGCGUCUACCAUCGCCCUACUGUCGCGGCGUUGUGCCGCCCGGCGCUUGCUGUCCCAUCUGCGCAGGCGCAUUUCGCGUCGUCUAUUCGCGCAAGCAAAUCGAUCGCGCGCUAUAUGCAGUGCGCGGCCAACAUAAGGAUCUGUUGACGUUGAAUAGUGUGCUGCAAGCGCUGGAUGCGCUUGUACAGCUGGCUGAGUGUCAACUCACUGGCUUUCUCACCAUGGAGGUGGGUAUCUUUGUGGCGCUUGUACCGCGCGCGGCGACGCCGACGCGCAUACAAAUUGAAGCGUGUGCGCGUGAAGCAGAACGCAUUUCAACGCUGAUCGAUGCGCAGUCGCAUGAAAUUACAACGAAUUUGUUGCUUUCUGGGCUGACAGUUUCGCAUUUGGUGGAGGAGAAUGUGGAUGGUGGUGGUAGGCGAAUGCUGGUUAUGCCCAGUUUGGCGAUCAUUGUGUCGCUGACGUUGUGGACGCUACAGUCUAAACGCGUUUUAUAGUUAUAGCAUUUGAGUUGUUACCUGUUGUGGGUGAAAUGGAAGAUGAAAAAGUGUUUUUGUAAAACUGCUGAGUGAAUUCUUAGUGCCAAUUUAGUUGUAGUUUGAAUGUUUUGUUUUUAAUCGAAAAUCAAGCCAAAUGUAAAUAGGAAUGUGUAUUCAAAUAGUUUAUUUUAGUGAGUCUAGCAAUAUACAUACAUAAGUAGAUUUUAAGUAGUUAACUUUUUGUUAAUGAUUGCACCCUUUCUAAUUUUUGAAGAAAAAUAUCAAAUAAGUAUUUGUAAAUAUUGCUUAGGCUGCUUUAAGAAAUCAUCGGUGAGAUUAUUUAAUCUUAAACAAUACAUAUGCAUGUAAGUAUGUACAUAGAUUUAUUUAUGUAUGUGCAUUGCAUACUGUCCAUAUUUGUAUA